AUGGCGCCAAAACACCGUCCGGCGACUUCGGGCUAUGCUCGUCUCUCCCAGGCAGAUGCCCAUGAGUAUCUUGAUGAGUCUGAUGACGAAAACCAGCGCCCGUUCCCAUCGAUAUCGUCGAACUCCGGACGAUUCGCCCCAAUCCAGACACAUAGCCUCAGACAUGACAGCUCAGAUGUAUAUUACAAGCGCCAUCAUGGACGAAACCGGGCUCGCAGCAACUCCUCUGGAGUCGAUAUCAAGGCAAUCAAUAUGCGGUUGGAGAAAUGGGCUGAAGAAAUUGCCUCAAAGUUCAAGAUAAACCGAGUACACGGCAAGACCUCCGAAGAAGAAGAACUUGAAAUACACCACUCCGUCUUCCAGCCCUUGGACGGCAUCCGGCCAGUCACAGCAGCAUCACUAGAAUCCGCUGACCAAAAUAACAGUGGCCGAAUGACAAAGGCUGAGUUCGAGCAGGUCGUGGACAGUGUUAGGACAGCCAUCGAGCUCGGUGUCCACCCAAAGAUGAUCUCGCAAGGUAGCUCCGGCAGUUACUUUGCGAGAAAUGCUGAGGGGAAAGUCGUUGGAGUGUUUAAGCCAAAAGAUGAGGAACCCUAUGCCUCGCGAAACCCGAAAUGGACUAAAUGGAUACAUCGAAAUCUGUUUCCAUGCUGUUUCGGCCGUGCUUGUCUUAUUCCCAACCUUUCCUAUGUUUCGGAGGCUGCUGCAUAUGUCAUUGACACUCAAUUGCGAACACAUCUCGUUCCUUACACGGAUAUCGUCUACCUUUCUUCAAAAUCAUUCCAUUAUGACUUUUGGGACCGACGGAAAGCUUGGUAUGGCAGAAGACCUUUGCCUCCUAAAGUAGGAAGCUUCCAGGUCUUCUUGAAAGGCUUCAAAGAUGCAAAUGUAUUCCUUAGAGAGCAUCCUUGGCCUGAUCAACCAACCACCGGUUUCCGUGCUGAAGAUGCUCCUCGCAGGAAAAAAAGAGGAUGGAACGAUACCUGUACACCAUCUGGUGCCCAGUCUGACGACGAGGAUGGCGAUGAAAACCGCCGGAUGCUGGGAGCAAAUACACCCCAGGACAAUUCGGGCCAUCAUAAAUUCCAUUGGACUGAAAACCUGAAGCAGGGCUUCCGAGAAGAGCUUGAGAAGCUCGUUAUUUUGGACUACAUUAUGAGAAAUACAGACCGUGGCCUUGAUAACUGGAUGAUUAAAAUCAACUGGAACACCGAAGAAGUUUCAAUUGUCUCGGACCCUAUUCGUCUGAAUGAAACUGACCAUCUGGGUGACGACGAACCGACUCCGCCUGCCCGCCCUGUUUCUGUAAACUCGCAAGGUAAACCCUCGCGCACAGCCCCCUAUCGACGCCAGGAUGCUAUGACAGCAUCUAGUCGCGCUGGAACGCCAUUGAAUGCAGCAGAGCUGGCUCAGGCCACAAUUUCAAUCGGGGCCAUCGAUAACAGUUUAUCUUGGCCCUGGAAACAUCCUGAUGCUUGGCGCAGUUUUCCAUUUGGUUGGCUCUUCCUCCCAGUUUCUCUUAUUGGCCAACCGUUCUCUCAAAAAACUCGUGAACAUUUCUUACCUCUUCUCACAUCUACUGCUUGGUGGACGGAGACUCAAACCGCCCUGAGAGCUGUGUUUAGUCAGGACUCAGAUUUCAAGGAAAGCAUGUUUGCCCGACAAAUCGCGGUCAUGAAAGGCCAAGCCUGGAAUGUUGUUGAGACCCUGAAGCAGCGGGAUCAUGGACCUCUUGAACUUACCCGAAGAACCCGAGUAUGUGUUUGGGAUGACCUAGUGAACAUCCCUGUGGCGAUUCCACUCCGUGCCCCAUCAACCGAUGCUAAUAUGCAUCGGGCGAACGGGAGGAGCCAACUCCACGAGGAAAUGGAUAUUGGAGCCGCCAUUACCCCAGAGCCUAGCACGCAUGGCCAUCGGGAUCUAUUGAGCUUCGGGUCACCCACAAAUGAACUACCUAACCCUAACCGCUUCGAGCUGUCCCGUGACCGGGCAUCGAUGGACUCCAAUGCUGCAGACGGCAUAGUGAGUCCUAGGUCGCUCGACGCUUCUCGCCUUCGAAACAUUGAGAAUUUCGAAGAAGGCGGCCGGAAGCUGGCCACAAGCUGGGCAGCCACCGCCCCUAGACAACACGCGCACCAUUCCAGGCGCAGGUCGCACCUCGGCGGCCCCACACAUAAGAAACGCAACUCUCUCUCCCAACGCCGAGACAGUGCGUUUGACUUCGGUGCUGACGACCUCGAGGGUGACCUUGGAUAUGCCGCCGCUGAGGAAAUGGACGGCCACGAACGCAAGGUGAUCGUCGAAAGACUUGAAACAGUCAAGAGCAAAAACCCCGUCUUCACCUGGUGGUGA